GGCCGAACGCUGCAAUCACAAUUUUUGUAGGAAAACCGUGUUAAAGUAUAUAGAACAUUUUCGCGCUGUGCUCGCCCUUUGUGAUAAUGUCGGCAGAUUAUGAAGAGAGACCGAGAGACAAUGGCCCGGAGGGCAUGGAGCCGGAUGGGAUCAUUGAAAGUAACUGGCAUGAGAUUGUGGACAGCUUUGAUGACAUGAGCCUGCGUGAGACUCUUCUAAGGGGAAUCUAUGCUUAUGGUUUUGAAAAGCCCUCUGCCAUCCAGCAAAGGGCUAUUCUCCCUUGUAUCAAGGGAUAUGAUGUCAUUGCACAGGCCCAGUCUGGUACCGGCAAGACUGCCACCUUUGCCAUCUCCAUCCUGCAGCAGAUUGACAUUGAGCUAAGAGGUUCACAGGCCCUGGUCCUGGCACCCACCCGUGAACUGGCUCAGCAGAUCCAGAAGGUGAUACUGGCUCUUGGAGACUACAUGGGUGCGACAUGCCACGCCUGUAUUGGAGGCACAAACGUGCGCAAUGAGGUCCAGAAACUCCAGGCAGAGGCACCGCAUAUUGUAGUAGGAACCCCUGGUCGUGUCUACGAUAUGCUUAAUCGAAAGUUCCUCUCUUCCAAGUACAUAAAAAUGUUUGUGCUGGAUGAAGCCGAUGAGAUGCUGAGUCGUGGUUUUAAAGACCAGAUCUAUGAAAUUUUCCAGAAACUGAAUACCAGCACACAGGUGGUGCUGCUUUCAGCUACCAUGCCUGCAGAGGUGCUGGAUGUCACUACCAAGUUUAUGCGCGAACCAGUGCGUAUCCUGGUGAAGAAGGAGGAGCUCACCCUUGAGGGUAUUCGUCAGUUUUACAUCAACGUUGAGAAAGAGGAAUGGAAGCUGGACACAUUGUGUGAUCUUUAUGAGACUCUCACCAUCACUCAGGCUGUGAUCUUCAUCAACACACGCCGAAAAGUGGAUUGGCUCACAGAGAAGAUGCAUGCCAGGGAUUUCACUGUCUCUGCUCUGCAUGGCGACAUGGACCAAAAGGAUCGUGACUUGAUCAUGAGGGAAUUUCGCUCUGGCUCCAGUCGUGUCCUUAUUACCACAGAUCUGCUGGCGAGAGGUAUUGAUGUUCAGCAGGUGUCUCUGGUGAUCAACUAUGACCUCCCAACCAAUCGGGAGAAUUACAUUCACAGAAUCGGAAGAGGAGGUCGUUUUGGCAGAAAGGGUGUUGCUAUUAAUAUGGUGACUGAAGAUGACAAGCGUACGCUGCGAGACAUUGAGACCUUCUACAACACUACCGUAGAAGAGAUGCCCAUGAAUGUGGCUGACCUGAUUUAGAGAUAUAUUUGACCCCCCUCUCUCCAACCCCACAAUCAUUCGCUCUUUAUAUUGUAGUUUAUGCACUUGUAAGUGGAGUAGAGGAUCGUUCAUUUUCUCUCUCUUUCUUCCACAUUUACGAACUAGGCAUUUCAUCCUCCCCAAAAUGUAAUUAUAAGAGUCAUUUUAUAAAACAGAAAUGCUGAAUGUGCAUCUCUCGAUCUCCAUCCAACUCAUAAUAAACUUUGUGAAGUACAAGCUCGGCCACCAAUGACGGAGACGAGCUGCGUGUUCUGUCUUUCUGCUCUCGAUUAGUCACCCCGAGCUCAUUGUUUUAGCGCAAAUCGCAGGAUUUGUAAUCGAUGUUUAUGCGUUGCUGUGUUUCCAGUGUACUUUGGAUACGUGGUAAAGUGUGCUAGCUUUUAAACUGACAAAAAGCAUUGGUAAGAUUACUUUUUCCAAAUCUGACUACUUGGAUUGUAAAAUUACAGUUACUGGAUUUUAAAAUCCAAGUAGUUAGUGUACUAUUUGUGGUAAAACUGUGGACCGGAGCUAUUUGAUCACCUUUGAGUUGCAUUCAAUAUAGGAAGUCUUAUGGGUUUCCUGUAUUUCUAAUUUUUGGAAUUUUGAAUGAUAAAAAAUGUCCUAUUGCAGCAUCGAGGUAUUUAAAUUUGUUUCAACAUUAAGUUAUUUUUUAUUUUUGUUAAUUGGGGGACGGGGGAGUUCAAUAAAGCUGCAGCGUAACUCUCUAAA